AUGACGUCAGUUUUUAUUCUCGAUGUUCCUCCAGGCUCAACAUUUGGUAUCGACGGUCAUUCAUGGAUAACAGGACAUCGUUUUUGUGGAAUUCGUGGUCUCUCAAAUGGUCUUCAUUGGGCUUAUUAUAAUAUAUCAGGAGUUAAAAAAGAUUAUGUAAAUAAGAUAGAAAAUACACAGUUAAAGGGACUUGAAAGUUUUUCUCAGGGAUUUUUUUUCUAUGUUGAUUCAUUAGUGUUAAUUUUUCGAUAUGAUCAUUAUAAAGAGAUGAUAUUAGGAGUAGAAGAUGUAUCGGUAUCGGAGAUGGGUAUGAUUGAACCAUGGUUAAUUUCUUUUCCCCGUGAAAACGGGUUAUUACAAGGGUAUGAUCAAGAUCGUAUAAAUAAAACACAAGAUGUGAGAUAUAUUGAUGAUGAGUAUUGUUUUUAUCAUUUAAUUGCAUGGGUUACGCGUAAUAUGCUUAAUUGUCUACUUCCAUCUGGAUGGCAUGUUUCGUCGAUUACGUCAUCUGAUUUAGAUGAGGUAUUGCCGAAUUUACCAGUAAUUGAAACAGAACCAGAAAUGGUUUUUUUACCAAUUAAUUCGCGAUGUACAUGGAAGCCAGGUGCAUUAGGUCGAGAAAUAACGGAGGGUUUUCUUGAUAAAAGUUGGGAAUUGGAACGAAUUCUUCAAAAUGUUUGUUUAGGAGAUUCGGGGCGAUUUUUGGGUGAAUUUCAAUUAUGUUUUAUUAUUUUUCUUUUUGUUUCUAAUGGCUCAUGCCUUGAACAAUGGAUGAAAAUGUUAACUCUUGUUUCUUCAUGUUGUCGGGCUAUUUCUGUUUUUCCUGAUUUUUAUGUGAAUUGGAUAGAUAUACUUAAGAUACAAUUGCUUUAUUGUCCGGACGAAAUUUAUCAAGAUAUUUUUCAGGAAUGUAAUUUUCUUAAAAUAUCUCUUAAGAAUUUGCGUCGUAAUCUUUUUGAUGCACAAGUUGGAUCUGCGUCUAUAGGCGCUGUAAAGGAUGCAUUUACACAACUUUCGCUUGCUGUAAAGCAAAAGUUUUGUUUGAAUAUUGAAACACAGCCCGAUGUAUCUAUUCGUUCUUCCUUAGUUUACGGAAUGAAAAACGAUGAAUUGUUUGACACGAGCGAAAGCAAUUCUAUGGCCGAUGAUUCAGAUGAUGAUCCUGUUGUCGUGUUUUUAUGAAGAUUUGUUUUAGAUAUUUUUAAGUACAUCUUUUUCGAGAAUACA